AUGUCCAAGUCCGGCAACCUGGCCGCAUUGUCGGCCAUCCUUAAUCCAUCAGAGCGGCCGACGAUAUACUACGCAGAAGACCCUCCUUACCUCCCUCGCAUUCUCAUCUUCUACUACCCCGUCCAGUCUCUCGGUUCGCUAGCAUCCACCUCGCGCAUUCGAGCCACCAUCCUCAGCGCUGCCGGGUUUAAGAGCUAUGGAGCGUUUUCAGUCGCCCCGAAUAGCAGCUACUACGCCGCCGUGCAUAAACUCCCAGAAGACAAACAACGAGAUGAUGUCUCUCGAGCCAUCGCCUUUGCGCUGUGCAGAUACUUCUCCGAGGUCCCAACGGAGGUCAAGAACGCCAUAGCCGACGAGAACCUACACCAUGGCAUUGCCUUGAAAUGGGGCCAGACACACGCUGCACAGGUUACAUGCCGGAUGAGCAGGGUCACAAACCCGGAGGAGAUUAUCGAGGCCUUGCGUCCGUUUUCGAAAGAGCGACCUUCUAGUCCUCCGUCGCCGAUCAAACCGCUUGCUUCAAUCAGGAAGACCAGACCGUCAUUUCUGCCCCCGGAAUCUGGCAAUAACGCAGCUACUCGGGCUCCACAAGCUUUCACGCCUUCGAAGAGGGUGCCCAGCUAUCAGUCCAAGCGAUCGCCUUCGGCCUCGACGCCCGCAAACCGCAAGGCCAGCACAUCUCUCUCGGCACCACAGCAUUCAUUGGAUCAGCUGGAGUCGUUACGGUUCAAGAUGUGCGAGUUUGUAGAUACGGAAGACAGAUAUAUCACACGUCUGCAGAACUUGAUAGAUCUGGUUACCAACCAGGGCCGUACGCCCAAGUCAUUAAGUUCCAAGUUUUCGAGCUCGCGGAACCAAAAAGCCGUCAAUGCCAUGAUUCGCUUUCCAUCUCUGCUGGACCAGAUCAAGGAUUUGAACCUGGCAUUCCUAGAUGACAUUGAAACCGCUCUGUCAAGCUCAGAAGAUGCCGCCCUUACAUUUCUAGAUUCUGCCCAGCAGGAUCCUCGAUUGCUUCAGACGGCCAAAGAUCCCAUGGGCAUCUACAGCUUCGCCAAAGUUCUUCUCCACCACUUUCCCAAAUUCCCCAUGCCAUACCGGGAAUACCUUGACCUACAUUCCCAAGUGGCUUCCAACCUCGAUCAAUUUCUCAAAGAAGGCACAACGUCGACCCAACAGGCCCCGUCUUUGCUUAUGGAGCCAGCCCAGCGCAUCUCACGGUACGGUCUGUACAUUGACACGAUGCUGCCUCACGUGCCGAUCAACUUCACAGUGGCUAUUCGAACACUCGAGAAAGCACGCAAGAUCAUUGCCGAAAUAUGCGAGAUGGAGCCUGCCGCGUCGACGAUUCUCGACUCACUACGCAUCGAGCAUGAAGCACGCAAAAAGGGAAUGUCACCGACCAAACUUUUGUCUGGUCUCACCCGAUCAAACGGCACGAUAAGAGAAGCACCUGCCCUGACCGGGGGAAGCGUGAAAGAUCGGGAUGGCCCCCGUUUCUUCCCCAGUCUAGGCAGGAGUCUCAGUCGGAGACAGAAGAACCCCCGUCCCGGUCUGUCAGGCAUUCUGUCCGAACAGGAUCCCGAACAAGUCAGUAACUUGAAUCUGUUUGGCUCCCUGGGCUCACGGUCCACUCGCACCGACGAGAACAGACCUUUGACAUCCAGCUCCGCAUUGUCUUUUAGCUCAGGGGGACCGGCGCCGAAACGCCCGCCAACCUCUGGUUCAACCACGACCAAUCGAUCAGCGCCGAGUCCUAGUCCAGCUGCCUUGAGGCCCGUUUCUGUCGUCAAGGGCGGAGGCGGCCCCGGGGCGACGUCGACAUCGACAUCGCCUGGCCCGGGUAACGUGGCUGCUGCCGUGGCGGCGGCCGAUGUCGAGCAUUACAGGGCUGAACUCAUGCGCGUCGAAGAGGAGAAUUACAAAUUACUCCAGGAAAACGCCGAGUUGAAAAGACUCAUUCGUGAAUGUAGAUGUGGUGGCGCCCAGCGGCGAUGA